AUGGCGUCCGACAGGAGGGCGCGGCCGUGGACCCGCGUCCUCUCCCUCGCGCUCGUCCUCGUCCUCCUCUGCGGCGCCGCCCACGCCUCGGUCGGCGACCGCCUCCCCGAGUUUAAGCAAUGCCUCGAGGCAAGUCCCCUUUCGCGUCCUCCGUGGCUUGGGGUCCGCUCGCCCGCUAACGUCCGUCGCUCGACGCAGGUCUGCAAGGCUGAGAACUGCGGUCCCGGCAAAGACCACACCCCGAUCCCCCUCCGCCGCCGCCUCCUCUUCUGGACCUGCGCCUCCGAGUGCGACUACACGUGCCAGCACAUCGUGACCAACGCCCGCGUCUCCUCCGGCCAGCCCGUCGUCCAGUUCCACGGCAAGUGGCCCUUCCACCGCCUCCUCGGCAUGCAGGAGCCCUUCUCGGUGCUCUUCUCCCUCGGCAACCUCGCCGCCCACUGGGACGGCCUCGGCAAGGUCCGCGCCCGCAUCCCCGCCUCGUACCCGCUCCGCCCCUGGUACGUCUGGCUCGCCCGCGUCGGCAUCGCCUCGUGGGUCUUCUCCGCCGUCUUCCACACCCGCGACUUCCAGGCCACCGAGGAGCUCGACUACUUCGCCGCCGGAGCCAACGUCCUCUACGGCAUGUACUAUACCCCGAUUCGCGUCUUCCGCCUCGAUCGCAACACCCCGCGGAGGCGCUCUCUCCUCCGCGUGUGGUCCCUCCUCUGCGCAUCGCUCUACCUCUGCCACGUCGCCUACCUCAAGCUCGUCCGCUGGGACUACACCUACAACAUGGCCGCCAACGUCGCCGCCGGCGUCGUCCAGAACAUCCUCUGGAGCUGGUUCAGCUACAACCGCUACCGCACCUCGCGCCGCACCUGGGCCAUCUGGCCGGGUCUCGUCGUCGCGUGGGUCAUGUUCGCCAUGAGCAUGGAGCUCUUUGACUUUCCGCCCUGGCUCGGGUGCAUCGAUGCGCACAGCCUGUGGCACCUCAUGACCAUUGGGCCCACGUUGCUGUGGUACAACUUCCUUGUCAAGGACGCCAACGACGACAUUGCCGGAACGGAGCGCCUCAAAGCAUGA